AUGGCCAGUCAGCCUACGACGGCGUCGACGGACCCUACCCAAGCAAUGCCCUCUGCGGCUCCUCUGCAAUCUUCCAACGUGCCCCCCUCUCUACAAACAACUGGGGCCUCGAUCGCUGCAUCAAGCGAUCCUGCGUCGUCUGCGCACAGGUUCACGCACCUACCGACGCCUCAGAGUCCCAACAAUUGGGGUCCUUACAUGUUCGGCCUUGUUUCCCAUCCAUCCUCCCCGGUGACCAUAGGGACCACCACCCCCUACUCUCCUCUUGGACCCACAUAUGCGUAUCGGCCGCAACCUCAGUCAUCUCCGUUGCGACCACCAUCGACUGCCCAGCAGCCGAUGACUCCCGAUGCCAGUCCAUUCGCGGGACGAAAGACCCCUCCACGAACCAACCUUCCUGCGACACCCCAAUUUAUGACCCCUUCCAAUGCUUCAGAAGACUCACCUUUGCCCACUAUCUCGUUCAAAGCAAACGGCCUUGAAUCACCCAUUUCCAUCCCCUCAUCUAAGAGAGUGUCUACCCCCAAUCAAGCACUCAACGCGCCAGAUCGAGCUUCGCCCUUCAUGGCCCGCCUCGCAAUGGUCGAUCGGCAAGCGUCAUCGCAGUCGCCUCAAACUCCCCACCGCACCGGGUCCUUCCAUGCCAACGACAUCUUCGCUUCGACCAGCUCGAACGCAUUUCAUGCCAGCGCUGGUGGCGAACGUCCCCCCGUUGAUAGCCCAUCGCGACUCUCCUCGCCACCAACACCUCCCCCGAUUAACGCCGACAUUGCUGCAGGCGUAUCAUACUCGCUCGUCGACGCUGGUCUCGCCCUUCCUGUCGGCACCGGCGGUGAGCUGCAACGAAUCCGUCAGGCGGAGAUGGAGCAGCAGCUCGCGCAGUACCAGGAAGCCGAGUCGCGGCGCCCCGAGUACCUCGUCCGCACCAAGAGGACAUUGGUUGAGGCUGAUCCUACCGCCUUCGAUGAGGGCAAUGUGCUGAGGGAGCGAAACUUGGGCAUCAUGGACAGCCCUAGCAAGGGUCGACGAAUCAAGUUGUUCCAGGAAACCUCGGAGGAAAGUUUCGAGGAGAGCCUGAUGGCUGGCGGUUACGGACGCUACCGCACAGCAGACUGGGUCCGCGCACCUCAACCUAUCCCUCCGAUGACGCAGCGACUCACGCCCACGCCCGCUGCCACGGCUCCCAACAACGCCAACUCUCCCGAGAACAUCGAUCCCACGCCGCCUCCCGCGCCUACCGAGAAGGAGCUCCGCAAGCGCAAGCGCCUCGCCGCUUUCAAGGGGGAAUCCCCCGUAGGCAACACGCAGCCCACCAAGCUCAUGCCCGUCGAGCUUGCCGGCAAGGGCCGCGUCCUCCUUGACGUCCUCCCGUCAGAGCUCCCCGAGCCCAACAGCGCGAGCGAGUCCUCCACCAAGAAGAAAGGGCCUCCGGGCCGCCGCCGCAAGAAGCCCGAGGAGCGCCGCACGCUCGCUGCGACCGUCAUGACCGCCGACCUCCACACCGGCGACCGCCCGAACUGGCCCGACGCCGAGUUUCCCUGGAAGCUGCGCACGGACGAGCGCGAGGAGCACGCGCGGCAGGAGGAGGAGGAGAAGCUCAAGUGGAUCGAGAAGUUCCUCGACCGCGAGAGCGACGACGAGGCGGACUCCGUCGCGGGCACGGUCGGCGAGGACGAGGAGAUCCUGCCGUCCGCGUCCUGGGGGCAGGUGUACGAGGACACGGCGGACCGGCCGAUGCCCCCGCGGCGCGGGCGGGGGAAAAUGGUGCCCCUGCACGCGGACCCGGAGGCGGCGCGCCGCCCGCGCGCGGCGACCGUGCGCAGCUUCUUCCCGAGCGACCCCGGCGACGCGCGCGCGGCGCUCCUGGCCAAGAAGAGCGUGCGCGCGCUGAGCUUUCGGAGGUCGCGGGCCCUCACGGACCGGCAGAACGAGAUGAUCUGCGUGUGCAAGGGGCGCGACGACGGGAAGGACCUCGUACAGUGCGACGGGUGUCGGACGUGGUACCACCUCAGGUGCCUCGGGAUCCGGAACAUGGCGGAGCUUGGGAAGGAGGAAGACCCUUGGUACUGCGAGCGAUGUGUCGACGACAGGUCGCUGUCAUCGGACGACGAGCACGAGCCCGUCGUCUACCGCGAGCCGACCUUUGUGCCGACCGAGGACCUCCCCGCAAUCCAGCUCCAUGCGCGUUCCAUGCACCCCACCGCGGCGCGACGACCCUUCUUCUGA